GCAUUGAAACUGUCAGUAACGACAAAGCCUCCAAAUAUUUUCUUGUUGAUUGAUUUCACCUUGUUGUUUUUAUUGGGAGGAUGCGAAAAUGUCCCGGAAUGCCAACGAUAGCAACAACUAUAGUCAAAGUUUUAAGUUGGUAGUUGUUGGAGGCGGUGGUGUCGGUAAAAGUGCCUUAACAAUCCAGUUCAUACAGUCAUACUUCGUCACAGAUUAUGAUCCCACCAUCGAGGAUUCAUAUGCAAAACAAUGCGUAGUCGACGAUCAUGUUGCAAGAUUAGACAUUUCAAAGAGAUUCAGAAGUUCCACCGACAGAUUUUGCGUGUGAAGGACAGAGAUGAGUUCCCCAUGCUUCUGGUGGCCAACAAGUCUGACCUCGACUCACAGAGAGUGGUUUCAACAGAAGAAGGGCAGGAGUUGGCGAACAAACUGAAGAUCAAAUACAUCGAGGCUAGUGCCAAACACCGGUUAAACGUGGAUCAGGCCUUUCAUGAGCUGGUCAGAAUUGUCAGAAAGUUUCAGGAAGAGGAGAGACCCCCCGUGAAGCCAAACAACCGCAAACGCAAGAAAUGCAAGAUCCUGUGAUAAGCACGUGGCCCAUGUCGUCUGCUCUGUUUAUGUGACUGGUACCCUGAGCUCUCUCUCUCUUUAUUUUUUUUCUCUCUCUCUCUCUCUCUCUCUCUCUCUCUCUCUCUCUCUCUCUCUCUCUUGCUCUCUCUUGCUCUCUGUCUCUAUCUCUCUCUCUGUCAUUUAUCUCUCUUUCUCUUCUCUCCCUGUCUACGAAACACUCUGACUCCCAAAGGACCCGUCACUAUUUUAGACAAAGUCUUUAUCUGUUUGACAGCUUGAACCACGUGUGACUGAAAUAUAUAUAAGCCGUUUGCCCACCUGGUGAAAGGAAACCUU